AUGGCAGAUGUUGAUAUCAGUCCCAAUUUUGGGCUGGAACUGAAAGAUGCCUUCAAGCCCGUGAACGCAUGGGUCACCAACGGCAUCUACUGGCUCGACGAUAUUCAGCAGUUCUAUCGGGACAGAAGUGCCAUUGAGAAGGAGUACAGCGCGAAGCUCACUGCGCUGGCGAAGAAGUACUAUGAGAAGAAGUCCCAAAAAUCGAGCAGCUUGAGUGUGGGGAAUACACCGGCUAUGACCCCCGGCUCGUUGGAGAGUGCAUCCCUCACGACUUGGACCACACAACUCACGACCGUCGAGUCUCGCGCCGCGGAACACGACGGAUAUGGGAACGACUUGAUAAACAAGGUCGCAGAGCCGCUCCGUGUUGUGCAAGCCCGCUUUGAAGAGGUGCGAAAGCGCCACGCGGAAUACGCGGGCAAGCUCGAAGCCGAAAGAGAAGCUACGUACGCGGAUCUGCGGAAAAUGAAGAGCAAAUACGACGCGGCCUGUCAAGAAGUUGAGAGCAAACGGAAGAAGGCCGAGUCCGCGUUCGAUUACUCCAAGACGAAGGCACAGAACGCAUACCAGCAGCAGGUUCUCGACAUGCACAAUGUCAAGAACAGCUACCUGAUUGCCAUCAACGUUACGAACAAGCAGAAGGAGAAGUACUAUCAUGAGUAUGUGCCGGACCUGCUGGACAGCAUGCAGGAUCUCUCGGAGUCGAGGACGGUAAAGCUCAACAGCAUUUGGACGCUGGCCGCACAGCUUGAAAGUGGCAUGUUGAAGCGCAGCACUGAUCUCGUGGCGCAUCUGACCCAGGAGAUUCCAAGAAACCAGCCUGCUCUAGAUUCCAUGAUGUUUGCUAGACACAAUGCUGGACCUUGGCAAGAGCCUUCUGAGAAAGUCUUUGAGCCAAGUCCAAUUUGGCAUGACGAUGAUGCUAUGGUGGUGGACGACACGGCGAAGGUGUUCCUCCGGAAUGUGCUAGGAAAAUCUAAAUCGCAAUUAGGUGACCUGAGGAGAGAUAUCGACAAGAAGCGGCGCGAAGUUGAAAAUAUGAAGAAGAUCAAGCAAGAGAUUAGAGAGGGCAAGGACAAGCGAGACGAGGUCGAAGUUGUAAAGGCUUUAUUGUCAAUGCAGGAGGAUCUCCAUCAAGUCGAUCGCAAGCGAUUGACGGCAGAAGUCGAAACGGUGACUAUCACAUUGGCCGUGGGAGACGUGACGGUGGGAGCAAAGAGUCACAAUUUUAAAUCCCAAACCUUCAAGAUCCCGACGAAUUGCGAUCUUUGCGGGGAGCGCAUUUGGGGGCUUUCAGCAAAGGGUUUUGACUGCCGAGAGUGUGGUUACACAUGCCACAGCAAGUGUGAGAUGAAGGUUCCAGCGGAAUGUCCAGGGGAGCAAACAAAAGACGAGAGGAAGAAGCUGAAGGCAGAAAGGCAGGAACGGGCAGCAUCGCUCAAGAGCCCAGUAGGUAUCACGAAGGAGGGCGUCUCAGAGCCGCCCUCGAUGACUCGGACCAAUACCAUGAACUCGUUGAGCUCUGGCUACGCAGCGAGUGCAAACCGAUCAGUUACUGGGAGCGGCCCAAGAUCACCAGCGGAAGAAAUCUUUUCCGAAAGAGGGAACACUUUGAAAAAGAAUAGAGUAGUGGCACCUCCUCCGUCAGGCUACGUCAGUGAGCUACCUGGCAGCGCACCAACAAACGGAUCGAACGAGCAAAGAGGAAAAAUGCUGUACGCCUAUGACGCUAACGGUGAUGGCGAACUCACAAUCUCAGAAGGCAAAGAAGUCACGAUCCUUGAACCAGACGACGCUGGCUGGGUCAAGGUCAAGUCCGGCUUCAACACCGGCCUUGUCCCUACCGCUUACGUCGAAAUUCUUGCCUCUUUACCAGUACGUCCGGUCUCCGUCUACUCCAACUCCGGGUCCUCCUUCUCAGGCAGCGUCACCAAGAAACAAGGGCCGGCCGUAGCGCCGAAGCGCGGUGCAAAGAAGCUCAAUUACGUGGAGGCGCUGUAUGAUUACACGGCCGGUAGCGAUGCGGAGCAUUGCAUGAAUGAAGGGGAGAGAUACGUGCUUAUCAAAGACGAUCCCGGGGAUGGGUGGGCGGAGGUUGAGAAGGGGGGGGUAGUGAAGAGUGUGCCGGCGAAUUAUUUGCGGGCCGUAUAG